AUGUCAUCCAACAUUACGCUUUCGUCUAAAACUAUAGUCAAAAAUGGGUACAACAAUCAGCUUCACUACAACGUUAGAGGCUCUGUAGUAAAUUUCAAGAAUGCUCAGAUUGCUGUAGAGAGUAUUAACAUUUACAAUUCGCAAUUUAACAUUGAUUCUGAUACGUAUGAAAACAACACUUUCAAGCUAUUGAUGCCUACCGCACGUACAUUCUCAACUGUUCAAAUUACCCUAUCAAGCGGUUAUUAUAGCUAUGCAAACAUAAACUCAGCUGUCCAAGCCGCAUGCAUUUCAGCUGGCGCAUACUUGAUUGAUUCGAAUGGGAAUAAUGUGUAUUUCUUCAACCUAAGCGAAACCCCAACUUUUUACUCUGCUCAGAUCGAUUUACUCCCCGUUCCAACAGCAUUAGGAACUUACACUAGACCGCCUAGCUGUUUAUAUUCUUCUGCCGGAAGUGGUCUUCCCACCUCUUUUCCGUAUACGCCAAAGCUUGUUAUUGAUAAUGAGGAAUUUGGUUCUAUCAUUGGAUUUCCUCUUGGUCAAUGGCCGACGUCAAGCGUUUACACUAAACAAUCUUUUCUAAGUCCAAUCUCACCGCAAAUUAACCCUACCGCGUGUUAUCAAGUACGCUGUAAUUUAGUAAAAAAUCCAUACUCUAUUCCGGAUGAUAUACUGACUACAUUUAAUACCGCUGGUACGACUAUCGGUCAGCUUAUAAGUUAUCGUCCAAAUGAGUUUAAUUGGGUCAGUAUUCCGGAUGGAUCUUUUAAUUCAGUUAGAAUUACGAUCGUUGACCAAGAUGAAAGAUUUGUCAAAUUCAAUGAUAGCAACAUGCUAAUUGGAUUAUCAAUUCGUCAAAAUCCAAAUAAAAAAAUGAAUUAUUUUAUAGUUUCAGUGAUAUAG